AUGGUGCACGUGCGUCUUAUAUGCUCCAAAUCUCGCGUUGCACCGGUCAGUACCGUAAGCUUACCGCGGCUGGACGUCUGCGGUGCGCUCCUGCUCUCGCGCCUGUGCGCUACGGUGCGGAAGUCUCUUCUACUUAAGAUUAACGAUAUUCAUCUGUGGUCCGAUUCUACUAUCACCUUACACUGGAUAAAUACUUCACCUCAUCUCCUUAAAACCUUCGUCGCAAACCGAGUCGCCGAAGUUCAGAGACUCACCGGCGCGUGUCACUGGCGACAUACGCUAUCACAAGAUAACCCCGCAGACUUCGUAUCCCGUGGUCAGCUCCCCUCGGAGUUUCUUCAAAAUCCCAUUUGGUCACAAGGUCCUUCCUGGCUAUUGCUCGAAGCUCAAGCUUGGCCGAGUGGAGUGUUAUCUCCUAUCGAUAUUCCCGAAUUAAAACCCUUGAAGCCCGACCAAGCUAUAUGCAUGAAUCUUACUGUAAAAAAUGACUGUCUGUUGGAAAAAUACAGCUCGAUGAGUAAGUUACAACGCGUGGUCGCGUAUGUAAUUAGAUUUAUACAUAAUACCAGAACUCAAUCCCCACGUAAGGGCUCGUUCUUGGGCGUUAUAGAGCUUUCGGAAGCACAUGCUUUGAUUAUGAAGCUCAAGCAAUUUUCAGCGUUUGGCAAAGAAAUAAACUGUUUAAAAAGAAAAGAUGGAAUUCCGGAAUCUAGCAAAUUAAUUCCCUUAACGCCAUAUCUUGGCAAAGUUGGCAUUCUAAGAGUUGGUGGUCGGCUAAACCAUGCGUCAAUUCCUGAAGAUCAGCGCCAUCCAAUUUUAUUGCCCGCGCAGCAUCAUAUAACUCGACUUAUUAUACGCGAAGAGCAUGUACGUCUUUUGCAUGCCGACCCGCAAGCCACUCUCUACUCCGUACGCCAAACCUAUUGGCCGCUAGAUGCUCGAAAUGUCACACGAAAGAUAAUACAUAGCUGCAUUUCAUGCUUUCGCGUAAAGCCGCGUUUAGCGGAUCAUAGCACCGGUUGCUUACCAAAAUAUCGCGUGUCUCACUCCCGCCCGUUUUUACGCACUGGAGUCGAUUAUUGUGGUCCGUUGUUUAUAAAAGAAAAGCGAUUUCGAAAUCGCAAUAAGAUAAAAGUGUACGUGGCGAUUUAUGUAUGUCUAUCAACCAAAGCGGUUCAUUUAGAAUUAGUAUGUGACCUCACGACUGAGGCUUUCCUUGCAAGUCUCAAACGCCUGUUUGCCCGAAGAGGAAAGUCUACUGAAAUAUAUUCAGAUAAUGCCACAAAUUUUGUUGGUGCAAAUCGAGAAUUACAACAGCUUGUUAAUUCCGAAGAAUAUUCAUCGUCAUUAAAACAAUAUCUUGACAGUCAACACACCGCUUGGCAUUUCAUACCUCCCAGGGCUCCUCACUUUGGAGGACUUUGGGAGGCCGCUGUAAAAUAA